AUGGGGUCGGAGAACGGUUCAAAAGCGACGACGGCGACGAGUAAAUCGUCGUUGAGUCGCAUGGGCGCGAUGAUUAUUCUUUCCCUUUUCGCGUUCGUUCUCUUUUCGAUGACGACGACUUUGGGGAACUCGUCGUCGAACUCGUCGUUAGGAGGAGGAGAAGGAGGAUUAGGAGGAGGUAGACGACGCGUGCACACGAAGAUGGCGAACUUAGCGAGCGAGUCGCCGGAGAUGUUAGGAUUGACGGUGCAGAAGAGGGAGAAGAAGAGGGAAACGACGAGCGAGGACGACGAAAAGAGGAGGAGGCGAGGAGGACAGGCAAAGUUAGGGGCCAACGCAGACCAUGUGUCAGAAAAAGAAGAAGAACGAGAAAUAAUAAUGCUACCGCACGUGCGAACGAAUAUCUACGAUCCACUACCGAACCAAUUCCAACUGAACGGCGAGCCGUUCGAUUUCACCUCGCUGCGAGGUAAAGUCUCGCUCUUCGCGAACGUGGCGAGCUUUGCCGGUUUGCGCGAACGCUUCGCAUCGAAAGACGUGCAAAUAGUCUCGUAUCCGUGUAAUCAGUUUGGGCAUCAAGAACCGGGCACGCCGGAGGAGAUAUUAAAGUUUGCCAAAGAACACGCGUACCCGGAGGAUGCUAUUUUAAUGCAAAAAGUAGACGUAAACGGGAAGAACGCGGAUGAAAAUUGGAAGCUACUCAAAGCCGCGUUUAAAAACAAAGACGUCUUUUGGAACUUUGAAAAGUUUCUGGUCGAUCGAAACGGUGUUCCUAAAAAGAGAUACGGCAGCACGUGGUCGAAAGACAUCGCCAAAGAUAUCGAAACUCUCUUGAGCGAAGAAGAAGAGCAAGCCGGCGAAGACUUGUAA